AUGCCAGGCUAUUUAGAUGCAGUUGAACAAAGACGCAAGGAGUUAUUUGCAGAAAUCAACGAGAUGUUUGAAAACACACCAUUAAUGAAGCAUUUGGUGACUGGGGAUAUGAUAUUUGUAAACGCUAAAGACAAAUAUGACCCAGAAAUGGCGAAGAUUAAGUAUACUAUCAUCAGCGAAUCAGAGAGGCAACCGAAUUGGGGAGAAUCUCUUCCGAAGUGCUUUAUCCCUUUAGAAUUAGAAUUUGCAUCGCUGAUCAGUCGCGGAAUUCCUCUCAUUACAUUGGAGCAUCUGACAAAAAUAAACUCAUUGCAACCUAUUAGACCGUUGUCGGAAACUGAGUUAAAGAUAUUUCUGAAAUUUCAACAUUCCAUUGGCAAGGUGUUGUACUUUGAUGAACAUAAAUUGAAGAAGCAUAUCAUUUUGUCCCCUACCCAUCUCAUUGAUGCCUUUAAAUCUAUUGUAACUGACAAACGAUUUUGCGAAGGAGACAAAAAGAGAGAAGAGUUAUGGAAUGUCAUGGAAAAGACAGGAGUUAUUUCAAAAAGCGUAAUCCACCAUGUUUGGAAGAAUAAGAAAUAUGCCAAAUUUGACAAAAAUAAAGAAUAUUUACUUGAUGUUAUGACUCAUCUGGAUAUAUUAGUAGAACCAAAGAGAUACGAUUCUGCCGGGAAAAGUAUACCUGCUGAAUUAUAUUAUGUUGCGAGUAUGGUACGGGCUGAAGAUGAUUCUGGAUACCUCCAGUCAGCUGACUUCAUAAACAGGAGUAUUACCAUAGCCUUUCAAUCGUCAUCAUUGAUGAUACCUCCUGCGCUAUCCUUUCGUUUGAUAAGUUACUGCCUGUAUGUGUGGGCGGUGAAGACAUUCGGAGAGAAAAACAAGGACAUGCUGUUCCAUAAAGCUGGGGUAUUUAUUAUUGAUCCUUCUUUAGAAAUGCACAUUCAAUGCGAAGAUGAAAUGGUUAUUGCCCGUCUUGUUCAUGCCAGAACAAACACCCUUAUAAUGAGAGAUCUUGCUUCAAGUAUCAAUGAAUGUUUAACAUCUGCCUUGGAAAAAAUCAGUCAGCUGUAUAUCAGAACAAGUAGCGACCAGUGUCACGAUGACAAAUGUAAACCAGGGUGCACAGGUAUUGUAUUCCGAUUUGACAUAGCAGUCUGA